AUGGAGGGCAACAUGUGGACCUUUGCUACACUGGGUCUACUCCUUUGCUGGAUGAUGCCUGUUGACUCGAUCAAGUUCAUAUAUGUCUAUAAACACAUCUCACCAGCGAACCAAUUGAGCAUGGUUGAAGAUUCGGUUGAUGACAUGUAUUUUGGCUGCAAUGACAAAAUGAUGACAAUAGUGAAGGACAGAUUCCUUGAAGAAGAAAAAGCUGUGAACAACUUUGGAAUACACUGGAGUGACUCAAAAUCUUGUGCAGAAAAGGAAAUUAAUCCGAGAGAGGAUACGGCUCUAACCAUAGAUCACAUUAGGGCAAUCUGUGUUUACACAGCUAACAAUGUGUACAAGCAAUUUAAUACUGCAGUCCGGACAGAAGGGAGAUCCUAUCUCUCCUCAUUCAAAUACCACUCUUUACAUUACCUGCUGACAUCUGCCAUACAGAUCUUGAAUAACAACAGCCCCUGUCACUCUACUUUCAGACGAUCCAAAGAUUUAUUUACUGGCAAAGUCAACCAAAUAAUUCGGUUUGGCUCCUUUGCCUCAACAUCUAUCAAACCAGGCUUGAUGAACUUCGGUACUAAGACCUGCUUCAAAAUUGAGACCUGUUUAGGGCUGGAAAAAUAUUCAGUCUUUCCUAAAGAGGAAGAGGUUCUCAUCCCUCCCUACGAGAGGUUCGAGAUAACUGAGAUAAACAGAGAGAACACAUUUCCAGGUCUGGAGAAUUGUAAAGUUGUCUUUGUCUUGAAGAGUGCAGGGGUCCAUAGCUCUCUGAACUGCAAAGCUAUGCAUUUGAAAUGA